AUGAUGCACGUCGAAAUGGCCAUUCAGUCUCUCGGGCAAGGACGAGUGAUCAGUAGCGAUCAAAUUUCACCACGCGGUCCAAUUGCUAUUAGCCGAGCGGUUCAGACAGAUUAUCGUGAUUCGGAAGCCCAAACCGAUCCCUAUACACCUCCGUAUGUGGUCAACGUGGGUGAAACGCCGGAAGUAUUGACAUUGGCUACGUUGGGCUACGGCAGAGGAUUGCCAGCCGGAUUGCAUGAUGUGGAAAUGAUCGAGCGUGCACGGGAACGAAGACAGAUUGAGAUGAAUCUAGAACCGUACAGUGCGAUUGCCAAUGAUCCGAAAAAAGUGGCCCGUCGAAGAAAAAUUUUGCAAGAUAUGGAACUGCGUGAAUGGCAUUAUCGUGAACGAGAAGUGGAGGCAAAAUUGAUGCGCCAACGAUUGGCUAUGAAGGAGGCAUCCAAAACGCGGGACGUAAUCAAAGACUAUGCCAAUCCAUCAUCACAGACAUUCGCGCCACUAACACGUCUGGGCGUGUUCCCCGAUCGUGGAUCCGAGGCGAACGCUGUGAAGAAUGCCUACUUGAACACGUACGAAGGACUGUUGGAAUUGGAAAGCAGUUUACCUCACUCUUCACUAAACGCCAAAAUCAAAAUCAAACCGAUUCGAAUGUAUACAAAAGAUGGAUUUCUCCGAAGGGAAUUUAGAAAUCAACAAGAACUGGCAAAACUUCAACAGUUUCUUGAGGGUGCUUUUAAUCCACAACAAGGUCCGGGACGAAAACCGAGAUUUUUGGAAAAGAUUCAACGUCCACCGCCCCGUCCGAUUACACCCAGCGUGGCUCCGCCGUCAGAGGAAAGUAUGAUCGAACGAGAUUUGGCUGCAGUGGUUUUGCAACAACUGCUUCGGGGCCGGGCUAUUCAGACUCAGAUGUUUGAAGGCAAGGAGAAACGCAAAGAACUGAUUGCCGAACUUCGGUCAACACACGCGUUACUGGAAGACGAGAUUGCCGAGAAAAAACGACAGAAACGGGUCAUCCAGAGUACACAACUCAAGCAAUCUGAGAUUAUUCAUCGGGAGAACGAAAUGGAUAAUAUUUUGGGUCAGAUAGAAUGCGCAAGUUUAGCGGAUAUGCUCGAUUUUCUCAGCAAAGAAUUGGAUCGUCUGAUCGAGGAGCGUCGCAUUCACGCUUUGGUCCUCUUGGCUGAGCGUCAUCGACGUAUGCGUGAGGCGGAGGAGAGUGGAAACAGACAGCGAGAGGAACGUAGACGUCGGGAACAGGAUGAAAUCUUUAAACAAAUAGUAAAAGUACACCAAGAAUCGGUAGAAAGUUAUCUGGUUAGUGUGGCCGGUGUCGCGCUCGAUUCCACGGCUGACAGUGUCGCACAACACGAGAUGGAAGAAAUCGCGCGACGUGUAGAUGCCAGGGCAUGUGAUAUGGAAGUGAACCGGGACGAGAUUCGCUCAGAUCUGAUUGCUGCAGAUUUGGUGCAUAAUUUCCUAAUUCCCGAGGUAUGUCAUUUUGGUCAGGCAAGAUUAUCGUGCUCGAUUUCUGAAAAUAACGCCGUAAGAAAUUCGCUUGAUGAUGAUGAUAAUGUCAAAUUUGCCGAAUUUCUGAUGAUUUAUUUUUCUGGCACAACUCGGUUAACCUCAUUGAAAUCCUGGUGA